CAGUGAGCAAGAUCUUGAAGCUAUCACCACCGUUCAAACAUUCCGGAGCGAUCAUGGCCACCAAGAUGCUUCGAAGCUUGACCCUUUUGGGUGCGCUGUCGACGGCCCUUGCAGCGCCUUCUACCCGUCUCUCUGGUUCCCAGUAUGAUUACAUCGUCGUUGGUGGAGGUACCAGCGGUCUCGUGGUUGCCAACCGCCUGUCAGAGAACCCCAAUGUGUCGGUCCUCAUCAUCGAAGCCGGUGGUUCAGUUCUCAACAACUCCAACGUCACGGAUGUCGACGGCUACGGACUGGCCUUCGGUACUGACAUCGACUGGCAGUAUGAGACAACCAACCAGUCCUAUGCUGGCAACGCCCCCCAGGUGCUGCGUGCUGGAAAGGCGCUUUCGGGCACGAGUGCCAUCAACGGAAUGGCGUACACUCGGGCCGAAGACGUCCAGGUUGACGCAUGGCAGACCAUCGGUAACGAGGGAUGGAGCUGGGACAGCCUGUUCCCCUACUAUCGGAAGAGUGAGAACUUGACUGUUCCCACCGCCAGCCAGCGUGCCAGAGGAGCCACCUACGACCCCAAUGCCAACGGCGAGGAGGGUCCGCUGUCCGUAGCCUGGCCCGACAUUCCCGCCAAUAACCUCACGAACACCCUGAAUGCCACCUUCCAGGGACUCGGCGUUCCAUGGACUGAGGAUGUCAACGGCGGCAAGAUGCGUGGCUUCAACGUCUACCCUUCCACCAUCGAUUACACCGCAUAUGUGCGUGAAGACGCCGCCCGUGCAUACUAUUGGCCCAUUGCGUCCCGUCCUAACUUGCACCUGAUGCUCGAUACUUUCGUCAACCGUCUGGUCUGGAAGAAUGGAGGUUCCCAGGGUAAUGCCACUGCUGCUGGUGUCGAGAUUACCUCUUCCAAUGGCACCAUCAGUGUCAUCGGAGCAAGCCAGGAGGUCAUCAUUUCUGCCGGUUCAUUGAAGUCGCCCGGUAUCCUGGAACUCUCCGGUAUCGGUAACCGGGAUAUCCUGGAGAGAUACAACAUCUCUGUCCGUGUCGAUCUUCCCACCGUCGGUGAGAACCUUCAGGACCAGACCAACGCGGGGCUAGGUGCUUCCACCACUCCUGGUCUGACGGGCACCAAGACCGUGGUUUAUCCCAACAUCUUUGAUGUCCUUGGCAACGACACCCUGUCGGUCGCACAAUCCGUCCGCCGCCAGCUCAAGCAAUGGGCCAACGAAACCGCCCAGGUGAGCAGUGGCACUAUGAAGGCUGAGGAUCUGGAAGCUCUCUUCCAGCUGCAGUAUGACCUGAUUUUCAAUGAUAAGAUCACGAUCGCCGAGAUCUUGUACUACCCCGGUAGCACCAGCAGUAUUAGCGCCCAGUAUUGGGCCCUGAUGCCCUUUGCCCGUGGAUAUGUCCACAUUGGAUCCGCCGAUCCUACUGCCAAGCCGAUCAUCAACCCCAACUACUACAAGUUCGAUUGGGAUCUUACCAGUCAGAUUGCGGUGGCCAAGUACGUCCGCAAGACCUUCCAGGCUGCUCCCUUGGCCAACCUUGUUACCGAGGAGACCAACCCUGGCUUUGAGGCCGUGGCUGCCAACGGCUCCGAGGAGGACUGGAAGGCGUGGCUGCUCACACAAUACCGCUCGAACUUCCAUCCGGUCGGCACUGCUGCCAUGAUGCCCAAGGACAAGGGCGGCGUGGUCAGCGAGCGCUUAACGGUGUACGGCACCAGCAAUGUUCGCGUGGUGGAUGCAUCCGUCCUUCCCUUCCAGGUGUGCGGCCACCUGGUCAGUACCUUGUACGCGGUGGCUGAGCGGGCCUCCGAUCUGAUCAAGGCCGACUCUGGUCUCUUCUAA